CUCGUCAGCGGCGUUCGGACAGACUAAAAGGCUUGAAGACGAGCAGCAUCUUCAGCAAUCAUGGCUGGCUAGCGAGAUUGGAGUUUUCUCUUUCACAGCUUGUUAUCGGCCACACCCGAGAAGCCGCCAGGGAGUCUUAAAAUGCCCUAGAUGACAAGAGGGGACAUGUAAAUGUAAAUGGCUUCCAAAGUAAAAGAUGCUGUGGUGUGGUACCAGAAAAAGAUUGGCGCCUAUGAUCAGCAAAUAUGGGAGAAGUCUGUGGAGCAGCGAGAAAUCAAGUUUAUAUCGCUGGGCCUGAGGAACAAGCCAAAGAAGACGGGACACGUCAAACCGGACCUCAUCGACGUGGACUUGGUUAGAGGCUCAGCUUUUGCAAAGGCCAAACCUGAGAGUCCAUGGACCUCGCUGACACGGAAAGGCAUCGUACGCGUCGUCUUCUUUCCCUUCUUUUACCGAUGGUGGAUCCAGGUCACCUCCAGAGCCAUCUUCCUCUUGCUGCUGGCGCUUUACCUGCUGCAAGUGGCGGCAGCCGUCCUCUACGCGAGCGUACCGCAGCCUCACGCCAUACCCGCCACCGAGGUGUUCGGCGCCAUCUGGCUAAUGCUGCUGCUGGGCACUGUGCACUGUCAGAUCGUCUCCACCAGGACGCCCAAGCCUGCCUCCGGUGGCGGCGGGAAAAGACGCAGGAAGUUGAGGAAAGCCUCCCAGAUGGAGGUGCAUAGGGAAGGCGAUGGCUCUAGCACUACCGAUAACACACAGGAAGGGGCGCCGCACUCCCACUCAGCCGGCGCAAAGUACAGCCUGGGCACUCUCUUCCACCAUUUCUGGCAUGAUCUCUGUAAAGCUGGAUCCAAGAAGUCCAAGCUGUCCAUUGACAAGUCCACAGAGACGGACAACGGCUAUGUGUCGCUUGACGGCCGUGUCAACAACGAGGAGGGUCUGCAGUUGUUUAACCGCCUUGAUGAGGUGUGCUGGGCCACCCGUGGCCCGCCCUCGCAUGCUCAGGCUGCCCGCAGUGCCAACAGCAACAAAGAGCCUGCAUCGGAUGAGGCUUCCAGUGAGGAGGAUCCUGACGCGUCCUAUAUCGCCUUACGUAGAGGAGUCGAGAGACUCAACGCCGACUGCUCGCUACGACACCGCAAAAGCACACACUACAAGAAACACUACAUUGUGGAGGACAUUCUCAAGUCCGCCACCAGCUGCAGUUCCAGAUGUUCCAGCUUGAGGACCCCGGACUCAGAGAGCACUCGCCACGAGUCUGAGACAGAGGACCUUCUGUGGGAGGACUUCCUGCACUGCGCUGAGUGCCGCUCGUCCUGCAGCUCGGAGACGGAUGGGGAAGGCGGCGGCGCGCCCGUCUGUCCACCCACCAAGAAGGAGUACAGGGACGAUCCUUUUUACCAGGGCCACGCCCCCUGGCUGCACAGUUCCAACCCAGGCCUGGAGAGAGUGAGCGCAAUCGUGUGGGAGGGCAACGAGUGCAAGAAGGCGGACAUGUCUGUGCUGGAGAUCAGCGGCAUGAUUAUGAACAGAGUUAAUCUUCACACACCAGGAAUCGCUUAUCAAGUCUUUGGAAAUCUGGUGUCUGUCACACUGGGACUCACACCUUUUGUCUACAGAUUGGCUCAGCACCGAGACCUGGAUCAACUGACCACGCUGUCAGCCAAUGAGCUUCUGUCUGAGGCGCUGGGCGGCGGCUCCGGGGAUGCCUUAGUGGUCACCAUGGUGACAGUGAGUUUCAUGGUGCGUGUGUGUCUCAUCUGGCUUUUCUUCUUCCUGCUGAGCGUUGCAGAGAGGACCUACAAGCAGAGGCUGCUGUUUGCCAAACUGUUUGGUCACCUGACGUCAGCUCGCAGAGCUAGAAAGUCAGAAGUUCCACAUUUCCGCCUGAAGAAAGUAGAGAACAUCAAGAUGUGGUUGUCAUUACGCUCGUACCUCAAGCGUCGAGGUCCUCAACGCUCUGUAGACGUCAUCGUGUCCUCCGCUUUCUUGUUGACGCUUUCUGUGGUCUUCAUUUGUUGUGCUCAGCUGCUGCACGUUCACGACACCUUCCUAGAGUGUCACUACAACUGGGAGUUAGUCAUCUGGUGUUCCAGCCUCUCCCUCUUCCUGCUCAGGUUUGUCACUCUGGGCUCUGAAACCAGCAAGAAGUACAGCAACACAUCCAUUCUGCUCACUGAGCAGAUCAACCUGUACUUAAAGAUGGAGAAGAAGCCCAACAAGAAGGAGGACUUAACGCUAGUCAACAAUGUGUUGAAACUAGCAACCAAACUACUCAAAGAGCUGGACACUCCUUUCAGGCUGUACGGUUUGACCAUGAACCCUCUGCUGUACAACAUCACACAGGUGGUCAUCCUGUCUGCCGUGUCAGGUGUCAUCUCAGACCUGCUGGGCUUUAACUUGAAGCUGUGGAAGAUCAAGUCGUGACAGUGAAGCGAUGACUCAGCAACUGACUGAAGAAGACGACAACAACAUAUCAUCACUUUGUGCAAUCAAGUUCUUUAGCCGCUCAGUGUUUUCUCCUUAUUAUUUAAUGUAUUAUUUAUGACGUCACAAAGUGUUAUUUUGCUUCUCUGCACAUUUACCUGCAGUUUUAUGGUAGUUUCGUUUUAGUUAAUUAUUUAUGCUGUAAUUUUUACAACUGAAACUAUCAAGCUUGAAAAAGGUUACUCAGACAUGUUUGGUACAAUUGCUUAAACAUAAAAAAAGUGAUAUUUUUGUUUAAAAAUGACAGCUUAGUACUCAAAACAAUGUAAAUGACUUCACACCAAACAAUUACUUUAUUUUUGUACUUAAACAUACUUUUAUUUUAUUGUUAUUUUCAUUUAGCUUUUCCUUUCCAACCAAAUCAGACUUUAUUGACGUAUUUAAAAGCGUCAACAAUGUCCUUUUUUAUUUUUUACUUUUCAUUCAAGUUGUUUUUUUGGUGUUUUGGCAGGUGACAUCAGUGUUAGGUUGUAACAUCAAAAGAAAGAAAAAGAUGCACUUUAUAAAAUACACACACGUAAUAUCAAUCACAUGUAAAUGUUUCUGCUUAUUCAUCAUGUUUUUUUUUUGGAGGAGACCAAAGAGCUUACUUUUCCCGCUGCUUUGAUUUUCUCUUUCUGAUAAAAGAAUGUAUUAUCAUCUUUAAUGUUUUUAUUUUGUCUUUUUGCUGUACUUUUUGGUAUUUGGUCUCGUUACAUCAUGAAUAUGUUGACAUUUGUUCCUCACACGUUUGUGGCGAGAAAGCAUGUUUUCUUGUGUUUUUUUUAAUGAAACAGAAUUGUGAAUAAUUUAAGACUUUUUGAAAGCAAACUUGGUUUGUUGACAUGUCUACAUUUUUUUGUAAUAAAAUCAAAAACUGG